AAAAAUAUGUUUUUAAAUCAAUUUAUAAAAUGUAUAAAACCAAUUUAUAAGCACCAAAAUCAUUUAUUUCAAAAAAUGUUUCAUACAAAUAAGAAAACUUUAGCUUGGCCCCCAUUUGUAAACGAUCCAAAAGAAAAGCUACUGUUAAAUAAAAAAUAUCUUUAUGGUAAUGACUCUAAUACUACACUAGAAUACAAGAGUUCGUUUAACAUAGAUGCUAGAACUCAUUCAUUACGUCAUUCGGGUAUAAUUUGUACGAUAGGACCUGCUUCAGCAGAUGUAAAAGUAUUAGAGAUGUUGAUAGGUGCUGGAAUGAAUAUAGCUCGGUUGAAUUUCUCACAUGGAUCUCAUGAUUAUCAUCUAAAAACUGUGGAAAACCUAAGAAAGGCAUCAAAAAACUAUAGUAAAAAAAUUGGUGUGAAUUUUCCCUUAGCUAUUGCUCUAGACACUAAAGGUCCAGAGAUUCGAACAGGCAUGUUAGACGGAGGAAAUGGUGCAACAAAAGAGAUUAAGUUGAAAAAAGGUGAUAAAAUUCGUUUAUCGACAGAUAAACAAUUUGAAUAUAGUGGUUCAAGUAAGCAAGUGUAUGUUGACUAUAUAAAUAUAACAAAAAUCGUGAAAGAAAACGAUAAAAUAUACGUAGAUGAUGGUUUGGUGUUAAUGACGGCUAUUAAAAUUGGUGAAAACUAUAUUGAUUGUAUGGUUGAGAACGGAGGCAUGUUGGGUAGCCGUAAAGGAAUUAAUCUACCUGGGUUAGCUGUCGAUUUACCAGCUGUAUCAGAAAAAGAUAAAGCUGAUAUACAAUUUGCAGCAGAGCAUGAUUUAGAUAUGAUAUUUGCAUCGUUUAUCAGAGAUGCAUCAGCGGUAAAUGAAAUACGACACAUUUUGGGUGAACAAAAUAAGCACAUAUUAAUUGUUUCCAAAAUCGAAAACCAUCAGGGUAUAGUAAAUUUACCAUCUAUAAUCAGUGUAUCGGACGGUAUUAUGGUAGCCAGAGGUGAUCUAGGUAUUGAAAUUCCUCAAGAAAAAGUAUUUUUAGCCCAAAAAUCUAUUUUGGCACAGUGUAAUAUUACUGGGAAGCCAGGGAUUUGUGCUACACAAAUGUUGGAGUCAAUGAUCAAAAAUCCACGUCCAACGAGGGCUGAAUCUUCUGAUGUAGCCAAUGCAAUUAUGGAUGGGGCUGACUGUGUUAUGUUAUCGGGAGAAACAGCCAAAGGUCUUUUUCCAGUUGAAUGUGUUCGUACUAUGGACAAGUUAUGUCGGGAAGCUGAAUCUGCUAUUUGGCAAAAAGAAUUUUUUGAUAGUAUGAUUUUAAGCGUACCAUAUAGAAUGUUGGACGAAAAUCAGUUGAUGGCAAGGACAGCUGUGGCGAUGAGUGACAAAUAUGGAGCUGCUGCUAUUAUUGUAAUUGACCCAAGUAGUUGUAUAGCACAUGCUAUUGCUAUGUACAGACCUCGAAGUAUUAUUCUCGCAGUAACCGAGAAUCAUAAGGUGGCACGGCAAUAUCAUUUACACCGUGGAAUUUUGCCUGUAUUAUUUUCAUCUGAAGACGAUGAUUGCGAUACAAUUAUCUCAAAUUACUUGGAAAUUCGUGUGAAAUGUGCUUUGAAAUUAGGCAAACAUUUAGGAAUAUUGAAAUCUAGAGAUAUGGUUGUGUCAGUUGAGAAAAAAAAACUUAAUUUAUUCUGUCUUCUAUGAUUAUUAUACUGGUUUUAUGGUCAAAAAAUAUAAAAUUUCAUUAGCAAAAAAUACUAUAUUUAAAAUCACACCACUGAAACUUUUUUUACAACAUGGAACUUUCGGCUUCCAAACAAAACUCAUCCAUAGUUGCAAACUUCAAUUGGAAAGUGAAGUCUAGUUUAGCCCUUCACUGCAUGUAAGGUCACCAGUGACCUGUCUACUUUAUCAGUAUUUAUCUCAAUGAUCAAUAUUAAUAUUGACAUUCUUAUGCCCAGAUUAUUACGGUAAAAUAUACAAUUUUAUGUUUAUCAACAGUAUUGGGUAACCAUAGAGAUUAUAAUAUGAAAAACAAUAAUAUUAAAAAAAAAAAUUAUUGAUAAGAAAUUUGCUGUGACUUGGUGACUUUUACAUCAUGGUGGCAAGACUGGUGUGGUUGUAUAGCUCAAGAAAAAUUAUUAUAUAGUUUAGGAACCCCUUGAGAGUUGUAUAUUAUUGUUGUAUCUAUUUUUAAAUUAUAUUCUGUUGAUUUAUAUUGGUUUUAUCGAGGGAGUCACUCGUAACCUUCCAUGCAACUUGCAUUACUAUAUAGCAGUCGAUUAGUACGAUUAUGUACAUUGUUGAAGUUACAUUGCUGUCACGUGUUGCACAAUUAUCUGGUUAGAUUGACGUAAAUAUUUACGUGUAAACAUUUAGUAUAUCUAGCCUUCAUCCAAGUCCUAUGAAACGGCCAUGUGUUGAAUCCAAAGCUUCUACGAGUACAGAUAUUGAACCUUUGGAAUAUCACGGUACUGGUACAUCUAGCUCUUGUCCAAGUCCUAUAAAACGGACAUGUGUCGAACUUGAACCCAAAGCUUCUACUA